GGCACCUUUAGCUCUAUAGGCUUAUCUUCUUUUCACUAGUGGAAUAUAUAAUUUCUUAUGGCCUUUCUUGGGGUCCAGUAUUUUUUUUACCAUCAGCAAAAUGCCAAUUCUUCAUAAUUUAGAUUAUGGUGGGUUUAGGACUGACGUACACAUGGGGAAGGGGAAUGAAAAUUCUUUCCUCUCUUUGUAGACAUGAAUCAGUCAUUGGUGACUCUUGCCAGUACCUUGCAGGUGAAAGGAGAGGCUUUUUCUCAGGAAGAAAUGUGGUCUCUCUUGUUUCUGGCUUCUGAACAGAUUCUUGAAGAUCUUAAAAAGGGUUCCUCUAAUUACGUAGUCUGCCCUUGGUCAACUCUGCUGCAUGCUUCAGGAAGCCUUUCCUUCCAUGACAACGUCUCUUUUAUAGAGGCCGCCCCUUUCAAGGCCCCAGAAACACUUCAGGGACCGCAGCAAAAUACACUACUGGAAAUAUCGAAGGUGCAUGUUUAUUCCUUAGGAAUGACUCUGUACUGGUCAGCAGAAUUUCGUGUUCCUCCAAACCAGCCUCUUCAACUGAGUGAGCCAUUGCUUUCCAUUUUGCUAAUGAUGUGUGAAGAUCUGCCUCAGAAACGUGCUUCCCUUCCAUUCAUCUUGGAGGCUUGCUAUGUGCAUCAGAAAGAAGUGGCUAUCUCUCUGACACACCUCUACAUUAAAAGAAUGGUCAGCCUUGUUCUGGGAAACAUCACAGAGAUGGAACAGAUUGUUGUUGAAGAAGGCAAGUUUGUGCAACAGAAUAGAAGUGACAUGAUAAGGAGAAGACUACAUCAGAAACAAAGUGAACUCUCACUGCUGUCCACCCAAUGGACUCUGGAUCCAGAAAAAUACAUUACAACUGAGCUCAUGGGGAUCCCAGCUGAAUGCUUCAGCACACAAAAACUCCAAGUUCUUCCUCAGUGGUUUUCAAGACCAGAAUUUAUUCAGUUGAUGGGAGAGAUACCAGUGACCUUACAACUGCCUGGAUCCAUUGUGACAAAAAAGGGGAAAUCGUAUUUGUCUCAAAGAGAACUCUAUGUGGUUCUGCUGAAUGGGCAGUGUUUAGAGGUGAAAUGUGACAUCAAGUCCAAGGCACGAGAUGUCUUUAAUUUAGUUAGUACCUAUGCCAACCUAAUUGAACACUUCUACUUUGGCUUAGCUUUCCAGAAAGGUAAAGAAUUCUUUUUCUUGGAUGAUGAAACCAAAUUGUGUGACAUGGCACCAGAAGGCUGGAAUGACAGAUCUAAGAAGAAAACUACUAUCAUUAACUUCACACUUUAUCUGAGGAUAAAAUUCUUUGUCAAUCACUUUCACCUUAUCCAGCACAGCUUUACAAGACAUCAAUUUUAUCUCCAGCUCCGGAAAGACAUUCUGGAGGAGCGUAUAUACUGCAGCGAUGAGAUGUUAUUACAGCUUGGUGCAUUAGCCUUACAAGUGGAAUUUGGGAACUAUAGUCCAGAGCAAGCACAAGGUAAACAAUAUUUUUUGGUUGAAGACUAUAUUCCAGCAAGCAUGAUUGAGAGAAUGACAGCACCCUGUGUGCAAUCAGAGGUCUUGAAAAUGCAGUUGUCAUGUUCCCUAUCUAGAGAAGAAGUUGAAUUGGAAUUCUUAAAGCUGACCCAGAAGCUUCCAGAAUACGGUGUGUUCUUCUAUCGAGUCUUCCAAGAGAAGAAAAUGCCAGAGGCAGAGAUGACCUUGGGGAUUUGCGCCAAGGGCAUAAUUAUAUAUGAAGUAAAAAACAAUAGUAGAAUUGCAAGUUUAUGUUUCCAGUGGAGAGAAAUGGGAAAAAUUUCUACUCAGAGAAAGAAAUUCACUAUUGAAAGCAGCAUCACUGGUAAGAAACAUACUUUCAUUACCGACACAGCCAAGACAUGUAAAUAUUUGCUGGACCUCUGCUCUGACCAGCACAGAUUUAAUACACAGAUGAGCUCUGGGCAGUUUUCCCAAGUUUCCUCAGGUUUCCAUUUUGUGCAUCCAGGACCACAAAAUUUUCAAAGAGAAAAUUUUCUAACUGGACUAGAAAGGGAAAUCAUUUGUGUGACUCUUAAAAGAGACCCACAGCAUGGUUUUGGAUUUGUCAUUAUUGGAAGUGAAAAUGUGGACCAAUUGGACCUUGGAAUCUUUAUUACUUCCAUUAUACCUGGGGGACCUGCUGAGAGAACAAAAAUGAUUAAGCCAGGAGGGAGAAUAAUAUCAUUGAAUAACAUCAGUUUGGAGGGUGUCACAUUUAAUACAGCUGUUAAAAUCAUUGAGAAUUCUCCUGACAAAUUGGACCUGAUUGUUUCUCAACCCAAAGAAGUCUGUGAGACAGCAUCCACAGAGGGAAUGAACCGUCAGAGAAAACACAGCCCUGCCAGGUCUGAGGUCUCUCCUGCAGCCAGUGGGAGAAAGAGCCUUCAAAGGAGCUGUUCAUCAUACAGCAAAGAGCAAAACAUAAAUAUUGAUGAGCUCCAGGCAAUGCUUUCUCAGAGCUUGGUGCCCAACCUGGGCCAACCUCAGCUUCUAACUCCAUCAGCUGGCGGACUCUGCUCAGAGAUUAUCCUGAUUGUUUCCCAUUCUUGCUCUGUACAGGAUAUCAGCUCCGCCUCUCCUUCACCAUCUGCAAAAAACAACAGCAACCAAACCUACUGUGUGGAAUUGGUUAAGGAAAAUGGGACCUUUGGAAUCAGUGUAACUGGUGGAAUUAACACUAGUGUGUGCUAUGGAGGCAUAUAUGUGAAAUCCAUUGUUCCUGGAGGACCUGCUGCUAAAGAAGGGCAAAUUGAGAUGGGUGACCGCCUGCUGGAGGUGGAUGGAGUUAAUCUGUGCGGGAUCACCCACAAGCAGGCUGUUGAAUGCCUCAAGAACUCCCAGCAGGUUGCAAGGCUGGUUUUAGAAAGGAGAGACCAGAGACCGGCAGAGCAGUGUCCAUCUGCUGAUGACAGAAAGAAAGAUGAAUGUGUGGCUGUUUCCUUAGCAACAACCUUGCCUGACAACCCUGAGAGCUGCGCCUUGGUGACAGAUGAUAACACAUUUGAGGUCACUCUGACGAAGAACUCCAGUGGCCUUGGAUUCAGCUUCCUCCAGAUGGCAAGGGAGAGCUCAGAUCACCUUAGAAGUUAUGUCGUGAGGAUUAAGAGGCUGUUUCCAGGGCAGCCAGCUGAAGAGAAUGGGGAAAUUGCAGUUGGUGAUAUUAUCCUGGCUGUGAAUGGAAAGCCUACACAAGGCCUCUCUUACCAGGAUGUACUUCACCUACUGAGAGGUGCUCCUGACAAGGUUACCUUGUGUCUCUGUAGACCACUUAAAGGUACACUGCCUGAAAUAGACCAGGAUUUGCUGGUAAGAUGAUAUUUUUUUUUAGAUCAAAUUGUUCUUAUCUGGAAAUUUAGAUGCAUAUUUUAGGCACACUUAUUGCCUUAGUUUUAUGAAAGAGUUUAAUGGCAAAUUUAUUACCUGAAUAUCAGUGAGCCUCCUUCUUUAUAAAUGUAAAGAAUCUGUUAAAAAGGCACUAUUGUACCUUUAUCUUUUCAUUCACACUUUCCUCCUGUUCCUUCCAUUCCCUUAUUACAUUCUCCUUUUGUACUUGAGUCAACUAGAAUGAGACUUCAAAGUGUGGACUCAAUUUAUAUUUUCCCUUUGUCAGUAGCUCUAUAGUCUAAGCAAGAGCAGAAGGAUGGGAAUUUUUAAAAGGUAGAAAGCAAAAGAACUACAGAAGAGGUCAUCCAUCCACUAAAUUGAAUAUACAUUUCUACUAAGA